AUUUUUAGAAUGAUAGCUUUCAUUGGCUUGCUUUUGGUUCUGCUCCCACUUCCAAACAUGAAUGAAGCAGCGAACGUAUUGAUCAUGCCAAGCUCACUAUUUCCGGUUCAUCGGUUCACGAUGCGUACUCUCGCCAAAGAGUUGAUAAAACGGAAACACAAUGUUACGUGGGUUGAAUAUGGUUUCUCCAGGAAGAGUAAAAUCAGUCUCCCAAAAGAAAUAGACGAAAUCUUCUGGAGGGUGAAGUCGUCAAAUCAGGAAAUAAAUGAUUUAUACUUGCAUCGGAAUCACUCAGUACAUUCUCGUAUAUGGGAUGCCGAUUUCAAUGAUGACACGGAGCAAACAACAGCUUGGUUGGCGAGUAUCAAAAUGUGUGAGCAGAUUUUGCUUACCCGUAAACAAGAAUUCGAUGCUUUGGUGACCAAAAAUUUUACAACGGUGAUUGUGGAUGAUCUGUAUAAUCCAUGUGGUUUACUACUGGUUGGUUUGCAAAAAAGUGUUUUUAUCUACUGGUCUAUGACUGUUUUACGUACUGAAUCAGCUUGGAGCAGUCAGAGUCCUAAUUCUCCGAGUUAUUUGCCUGUUUUUGGCACUAGAUUCACCGAUGAUCUAACUUUCCUGCAGCGACUAUACAACUUUGCUUCAUAUUUUCGAUCGCUCUACAUUCAUCAGCAUUUGAUUUUGAGAAGAAUCGACAACCUGUAUAAGAAGUAUUAUGCAGACACGCUGGCGAAUGCAUAUUACAUCGAGCGAAAUGUUUCAAUUAACUUUGUUAAUACACCUCAAAUUUUCGAUUUUGCGCGGCCGUAUAUGCCACGAGUUGCUUUCAUUGGAGCUAUUGAAUGCCGGAAGGCAAAUUUGCUCAGGAGAGAGUGGCUUACUUUUAUUGAUAAAGCAGAUGCGAAAAAUGGGUUCAUAUUGUUUACCACAGGUUUUACAGCACAAUGGAAUCUUGCACCAAAGCAAGUAAUUGAGAGCUUUGUACAGACAUUUGCGAAAAUGCGUGAAAUACACUUUAUUUGGCAAUACAAUGGUCCAAAUAUUUUAAACUUAUCUGCUAAUGUAUACAUUGCAGAAUGGCUUCCACAACAGGAUUUACUAGGACAUCCGAAAGCGCGAGCUCAUAUAACGCAUGGUGGUCUAAAUAGCGUUAUUGAAAGUGUUUGGCAUGGUAUACCUGUGAUAGGCUACCCGUUGACUACUUCCGGUUACGAUAAUUUACUGCGUUUGACAGCACGAAAUGUUGGCAUAAUGCUUGAAAAACGGGAUUUAAGCGAGGGAAAUAUCGCAAAAGCUAUCAAGGAGAUUUAUAAUUCGAAGAAAGUUUUGAUUUUCUAAUUGAAUUUCUUGGAGGGAUCCCAGAGGGAUUCACCGAUGUAUCUUUUUGGUGAUGGGCUUUGUCAAUGUUUUCUCAUGCACUUUUUCAUCCUGUUUCAGUUUCUAAAAGUUUUCCAUGAGUUUCCAAGAUUUCAUUUUGAAGAUUAGUUUCUGUUCAGCUAAAUGCACUUUGAAUUCCAAAUAUUCUUCUAAUUCUGCAGAUACAAAGAAGAAAUGCUCAUUUUUCAAAAC